AUGCAUCGAUGUCUGGUCGUCCGCGAGCUCCUGACGAGUAUCUUUGAAUUUCAUGACAGGAAGAGAGAGCUGUCGGUCCUGGCAAGGACGUGUCGCGCGUUCGCCGACCCCGCCCUCGACAUACUCUGGAGGGAGUUGGCGUGCCUGAGCACGCUUAUCAAGGCCACCGUACCCUCGCAUUUGUGGGAAGACGUGUCGCCGCGGGGACUGUCAGAAAUAGUGACCCUGUUCUUCCGAGGACCACCCGCCCCAUCUGACCUGAAUCGUUUCGCAUACUAUGCGUCGAGGGUGCGGUCGCUAGGCACGAACGAAGCUGGCCGGGAAGGAGCUGGCGAGAAAAUAGAUCCAUCGGUGUUCCACUACCUACAUGAGUACCAACCAACCUCUCCGAUCCUUCCCAGACUCCGCCAUCUCGUGUGGAACAUCCUCAAUCCCAAUGCCCUCUCCUCUGUCGACCACUUCUUGGGCCCGAAUAUACUUUAUCUCCAGCUCUCCGUGUUCGCUCACCACUCGCAGCAAGACAUAAUGUUCACCUUCGACCGCAUACAGCAUAAAUGCGUUAAUCUCGAGGAGAUACACAUGGCGGAUCGCACCAAGUCCCCUGUGAUAGCUGAAGCAAGGUCACGUUUCAUGGGAUCGCUGGCAAAUUUGCGCGUGCUGUCGCUGACCCUUGGAUGCCGCACCCUGGGCUACCGGGCAAUGAUACACUUCUCGAACCUACAACUGCUCGAGAAACUCACUCUCACCAUCCGCGCCUUAUCCCCCACGACCGUCAAAGAUGCUAACUGGCACCAGACAUACGCCAUACCGGAGACGCCGUUUCCGCGGCUGCAGGUACUGUCAAUCGAGACAGCCGCGAUGGAUUUCUGUUUUGCUCUGCUGAGCUUGGUACAGGAGUCACCGUUGCAGACGAUGCACUUGGAUUAUGAUCCGUAUGAUGUCAUGCCCACCCCAGAUUACCCUGCAGACGGGCCAGCUUUGGGAGAUCGAGCUUUCAAGAGGUUACGCUUUCUGGACGUGUCUGUCCCCGAGCUCGCAGGAUGUAUCGCUCUAUUCAGGCCGCUACACCUGACCGCUCUAGAGAAGCUAGAUGUCAGAAUCGCGGUCCCAGCCGAGGAUGACUUGGAGCGAUUCGUUGUGGUCUGCUCGCAAUGUUGCUCGCCUUCGACCCUCACGUUCUUACGUUUGUCGCAGCGGUCGGCGUUUGUAGGAAACCUCUGUCAUCCAAGCGGUGUCAUCCUCCCGAUACUUCCAUUCUCGCGACUGACUGAUUUAAUCAUGCUUCCGGGCGGUCACGUCGAGGUUGACGACUCAUUGGCGGAUGAUAUGGCGAGUGCGUGGCCUGAGUUGGAAUGCAUAGCGAUUGGGGCUAGCGAUCAUACGAAAGGAAGAGGUAGGAUUACAUUGGGCGGUCUUGUGCCCUUCGCAAGACAUUGCCGUAAAUUACGGUGUGUCCGGCUUGCCAUCGACCUGCAUGGUGCCCUACCGCAACUCCCCUCACUCACAGUAGAGCUGGAUGGUCUGGGCAACCCGAGCGUCCGCGAGCUCUGGUUUGGCCUUUGUCCCAUGCCUCCGGACAAAGUGGAGGAAGUCGCGAAGUUUCUCAAAUCGCUGUUUCCCAUGUUGGAACUCUUGCACGCGUACCAUUCUGGUGGAUGCGGGCAGCGAUCGAGAGCUUUGGGUGGCUCGGACGAAGUAGUACCAACAGUAAUCUGGGUAUGGGCUUUCCGUGAGCUAUCUUCAAUUGCACCGUCGCUGACGGUGCAGCUUCGUCGGCGAGACGUAGAUUUAGAGAUUUAA